UGUUCAAUGUUUCACGUGUGUAUAUAGGCAGCAAAUACGCCUAGCCACCCACUUACUCAAUAUAUCUUCCUCUAUCCUUCGAUUUGAUUGGUUAUCAACUCCAUAACAGAAUAAAUCGAUUUGUUAUAAAUUCUUUAUGAAUGCCCACUGAUAAAUACUAAUGCAAUUACUACUACAACUACUAUUAUUGUUAUUAUUCACCUACAACUGAUACGAAUCGCAUUAGCUACUACGACUAUGCUCGUUGUAUAUACUUGGACAAUAAAGAACAGCAUGCAGAAAAAAUAAUGGAAUGAUUUAAUAACACGUGCAUUGCCUGUCUAUGAAAAUUAAGUGUCAAAACUUUGAAAUAGAGGAUGACUUCUUUCACACUGCAAUUACAGAUAUUUACUUAAAUCGUGUAGCCCUUCACAUCCUUUUAUGAAUCGGGUUUCAUCUACGCUAAAUGGCACAGUUCCCCAAACCGCCUGUAUAGAUGUUGAGUAGUUUGAUUCUAAAAUCUGAGGAAUUACAAAAUUCAUUUUCCCAAAUAUCCUUGGUUAAUUACAAAUCAUACAGAUUUAGAGAUAUUAAAUUCCAUUCUUUACAUCAUCGCAUCUACAGAUAUGAAUGAUACUUCCUACUUAUCACAGAUAACCAUGACAACAGUAAUAUAAAUAACCAAGCAAACGAUAAAACAAUCUUUUUUUGAAGAUCACCUGAAAUUUAAUGGCUAAAUGUUGGUCAGGUUUGCACAGUAUAGUCUUUCCCUGUAUUAACACUGGUAAAUGGAUUAAACAUGGACCGAGAAAACUUUUAAUCAACAGAAAGAACUUCACUCAUUUAGUAGGAUGCAUAAACUGGUGUAUAUUCAGUGUCGUUGUUGUUACUGUAUUGUGUCUCUAUCUCCUUCCAUCUUUUCACUUUAUUAUUUCUACGUUGAUUUUUGUCAUCGAUACAGACAUUUUAUUCAUAGCAACGAUUACCAGGUUUUGAACACAUAUACAUAUUACCAGCAACUUUGUUGUUUGAACAGCAAAACACUGAAAUCUAAUAAGCAACCACCAAACAGAAGCCACGUUAAAGAUUUAGUAUACAAUAAUUGCAAAUCCCUUGAUAAUACGACAAUACUUUUCAAAUUACUAAUUUUUAAGUGCAUUUCCAAAAUUAUUCAUCAUCUUCAGCUGCAUAAUAGUAUUACAGACAGUAAUUAUCAUUAUUACAGAACUGUCAGAAUCAAUAUUUACAUUGAUAGUCUCUCUCUUGCUCAAAUAACAAAGUAUACCAAAGGUAAGUUAGUCAGAAACACUAAGCUCCAUUUGGAGCAUCAGAUGGCUGAAGAAUCUGUAGACAGUGGAAUUUCUAGUGAACUGUAUACCACAAAUACUGAUCAUAAUCAGGGUCAUUCAAACAUCGAUUCACAACUGUUAGUACAUAACAACAAUAAAGAGGAAUCACAAUUAAUAAAAUUUGCGAACACUAUUGUUUCCCCUUCAAAUUCUCAUUUUCAGUUAUAUCAAGAAUGCACUGCACCAAGAAAACAUGUAGUCUGCUUUGGAAAUUAUCCAUAUGAUAAUUCUAAGCCAGACUGCCCUCAUUUUUCUCCUCUUCAAAAAAGAAACAAUUACAGCAAGAAUAAAUAUUUUGAUAAGCAUCAGAUCUUGAAAAAGCUCAAAAAACCAAAUUUCAGUUCAAUUGACUCAGCAUUUGAAACAAGUUCCGAGUCAACACUUUCACUUGUAUCAAGUUUAUCUGGAUCAGUUAGAAAUUUGAACUUGACACCCAAGUGGAGCUUUCAAUUUGAUAAUUUAAAGUAUACCAAUUUUUGUGAUUACACUAACUUCAUUGGAGAACCGAAUAGAAACAUGACCGAUAAUCCAAAUAAAUCUGUUUAUCAAGAUUACUAUACUUGUGAUAAACAGUCUAAUAGAUACAAUUUGAAUGAAAGUAAAAAUGUAAAUCCUCGCGUACAUUUUGUUCCGGAAGAAGGCAUAAAUAAGACGAAUUUACCUGGACCAAGUAGAGCAGUUUCAGGAUACAGUGCAGAUUUAACAGGGGGCGUAUGUGAUCAAAGCAAAAUGUUAUCUCAGUUGCGCUCAGCACGUGACUAUGUGUAUAUGCCAACUAAUCGUACAACAGUACAGCAAGGACUUGGGACUUGUAAUAUUCGUGCCGGGCAGUUGUUGUCCAAUUGGCAACGUCAACAACAACAACAGCAACAACAAAAUCAGCAACAAAGUCACCUACGUGAUACUUUCACGGAGGGUUUGCUCUCUAAUCUGGAUCAACUAACCGAUAGUAAAUCCAGAAACUUACCUAAUACUCUUGUGAAUCCUUAUUUUCAACAACAAACAGGUCAAAUAAGCCAACAGCAACAGCAAACACAACAGAUUCAAAACCAACAGCAAGCGAAUUACCAACAACUAAUUUCAGCUUUGUUAGCAGCAGCCUCUGUGAAUAAGUCACGGGUGGAAUCACAACCAUCUUUCAUGUCUAAUAUUCCAUCCAUGGACUCAUCAAUGAACCAACAAAAAUUCAUUGCACCAAAUCGUUGGUCUGAUUCUGAACUUGCCAUUAAUAAUGCGAAAGAAAUCCACUUUCAAGCACAACAGCAACAGAUCAGACAGCAACAACAACAAGCGACUGCAGCAGCGGCAGCAGCUGCCGCCGCGGCUGCUGCUAUGGCUGCUAUGCAGUGCUCAGCAAAAUCUUCAAGUAAUAUCCCUUCGAAUAUCCAAAGGCAGGUCCCUUUACUGCUUAGUAGUGGUAGUGCUACUAGCAGUCAUAAGCAACCACCACAACUACGUUCUUCAUAUUCAUCUGGUGACGAAUCAUCAGCAAUGCGGAUAAUAAAUCCUGCAUCACUGAUGACACCUACAAUGCAAUCUCUACGUAGGUACUGUACAUCUGAUACAACUGCCAACGAACCCAAAGUGUCUCAGCCUAUAUUAGCUCCUCAGCAAUCCAUGGUUUCAGUUCCCGAAGGCAUUCCACUUUCUGAACAAAACAGUAAAGUGCAACAGGCAAGACAACAGCUUAUUACACAACUGAAUAAGUUUCAGGAUUUAUCAGUUUCUGGUGAUGACUAUGCAAACUACCAAUGUUUAGAAGCCCUACUAGGACAAACGUCAAGACAGCCGUUAGCGCCAGCUCCUUCAUUCCAAAUGGAAAAUAUUCUCUGUACAGAUCCUGCUGGGACUAGGUCGUCCUAUCCGAAUGAAUCCAUGUACCUGUCUUCUAAAGCUCCUGGACAAUUACUUGGAAGCGCUCGUACUUCCACAGCAUUAAACAGUCUUUCUUGUCAAACUGAUUUAGAGACAGCCUACUCUAAUAUCGACUCACAACUUUUGGGGACUACAAAAGUAUUAUCUGAUCGUUUUGGUGACUUCCUCACUUUACCCAGUGAACGUUGUUUGUCAGCUACUCAGGCUCAAAAUUAUCCCACACAGUCGUCUGUAUAUGAAUGGGAUACUUGCAAUACACCGGCAAGAACAAUGAACUUACAAAAUAUUGAUCGUUCACUUAAAUCAAAUAAUUUGAAUGGAUUAUUUAUACUACAUGUUAUUGCUGGGAAGGGCCUGAAUUCUACUCACAUUAUAGUCAGAGAUCUUUAUUGUGUCAUUGAAAUGGAUUCAGUGCGUAAAGCUCGCUCAAUGAUCCGCACUAGCACAAGCUAUUUUGAAUGGAACGAAGUCUUUGAACUUGAUAUGGAGGACAAUAGAUUUUUGGCUAUUUUACUCUACCAGUGGGAUCCACGUACUAAACAUCGAUUAUGUUUCUAUGGUGGAAUUGAUUUAAAAAACCUACUUAGUAAGUUAACGUCAUCGAAUAGUACACCGUCUACGUCGUAUACACCAACAAGUGACGUUAUUCUGAGUCCUUCUAUUUCUAUUGUAUCUAAAAACUUACAUAAAAUUGCUUUGCAGCUUGAGCCAAGAGGUGUGCUAUACUUAGAGCUUGGACAUAUACCACUGGAUAAAAUAUUUCAUCGUAACCAACACUUACUGAGCACUGCCACGUUAAACUCAACAAGUGUUGAUCGUUUGCUCUUCGGUGUAUCUAUCGAUGAACUGAUUGAACGUGAACGUGUUAUCUGUCAGAUUACUGAAUACUACUCACCGAAACAACUAACUUACCAAAAUACGACAGAUUAUAUGUUUAUUCCAUUAUUUAUAAGAAAGUGUGUCGAGGAAAUUGACAAACGUGGCUCAGAUGUUGUUGGUGUUUAUCGCCUAGCCGGUUCUGUAUGGAUGAAAUUACAAGUACGUGAAUUGUUUAACCGUGUUACGAAGUCGACGCUGAAAGCAUUAGUUCAUGAAGAUGCUAAAGCAAUUAAAGAUAUUAUACAAUUAGUGGAUUUAUCAGCACAGCGUAUUCCAGAUAUUCAUGCCAUAACUGCUGUUUUCAAAGAUUUUCUUCGAGAACUACCAGAACCACUGUUCACUAGUGCACUAUAUCCCAUGUUCUAUGAUGCUAUGCAAAUAGCACUGCCUGGAUUUACACAAAGUGGUGCAAAACUUGUUUUAAAUAUUCUCGACUGCUUGCCAGCAAAUAACCAAGAAAUUCUCUUGUACCUUUUGGAUCACUUUAAACGGUUAACUAAUAACUGUGAAGUCAAUAAAAUGGAUACACAGAAUCUUGCAACAUGUCUCGCUCCAGUUUUAUUUUAUCCAUCACCGAACUCUGCUCGAAGCCUGGAUCCAAAUGUUUUAGAGCCUAGAAAAAUGGCUGAAAUAUUUAAAUUUAUUUUGGAAAUAUGGCCAGAUGACCGCUCAAGAUCACACAAAUUUAACCCAACUGAAUCAUGGAUUUCACCGUAUUCCUCCAAUAUUCCUCUUCCUGAAGACCAGCAUCAAACAGGAUGCCAUCCUCAUCAGCAUCACCAUCAUCAUCCUAAGCAUCGGUAUGAUCAGUCGAGUCACCGAGCAUCGAGCGCUGUUCGGUCGACAUUAUCCGGACCAGCUGGAACUGGAGUGGGAUAUCGAUCACCGCAUACAGUGCAAAGAUCUAGUAUUCUUACUGGUAAAGCUGAGUCAGGUAAACUGUACUUUUUAUAAAGAUGUUAACAGCUUGAUCUGAACAAAGAUGGUAGAAAUAUUUUAAACACACGAUAUACUGAAAUGCUUCGACUGUUCAUAUUUAAAAAAUUAUUGCCCCUUAGUUAAGUCGGUUCAUAUCCUUGAGAGAAAUACGUUUAAUCUGAAGUGUGAAACAUGUUGCACAGGCCAUUGUCAAAAUAACAUAAAGCGCAGGUCAAACCGAGUUCUUACCAUCUAACACAGUAGUAAUAAUGACAGGUGAAUGUAAAGUUACAUGAAAUAGGACUUUGGCGAUAAAACUGGUUAGUAUGAUAUUAAUCGCUACUUAACUUUUGAAUGAAGUACAGAGUUUCAUUCUGCAAGGAAUAAGUUAAAUGUAUAGUUGACAUAAGUGAUGAAAGCUUGGAUAAAAUAGAAACCUAAUAUAAACACUACACGACUCUGCAUUGUAUCGUUAAGCAAGUGCAUUAAUAGAAUAAUUUAUAUGAUGUAGUACUCACUGUUUCAGUAUUUGUAUUUAUUCAUUGAUGACGGCCUAAUCGUAUAAGACAUGUUGCUAGGCUAUUCAAAUACAAUACAUCAUAUACCUGUAUCCGAAUUCUAGUAUGAAUGGCAUGACGACAUGUCUUACACCAUCAAUCCUGGCGACCUUUCACACAGAAAUUACUGUUUAUAACCACACCAAUUUAGGGAAUUAUUCUUCACCACAAUGCUAAAGUUCUUUUCUUAUUCGUAUAAUAUUAUUAGUAAGUUCUCCACAGAAUGUAUUUUAUAAACCCUCUUGAGGCCUUACUAUGUAAACUGACUUUAAUAAAUUUCACUGCUCUUAGAAAGUUGGUCCGAAGGCUUGAUCAAUGUAUGCCUUAUACUAGUAAAUAUCCUAUGAUCAGCACACGUGACCAUUGUUGUAAACAUCCCAAAGUUUAUACUGAUUACCAAACACUUCAGUGCUUACAGUUAUUGGUAAACAGCCAACAUGUGAUACAACAAGGACUUAUUUAACAUUUAGAUCUUCUGGUGUAAUCACCUCGUUGAACAGUCCCUUCUGUAUACCGUUAAACCGAUCACAUUCAUUUAAGACGCACUACUGAGUCAAAAUAAGGUUACUAAUACUUAACUAAUGUAAUGAGGGGAUGAGUGAAUCUGUAAACACUACUUAAUUUGCAGAAUUGUUCGAAUCAUCGAUCCAUUACUCUACCAAAUGAGCUUCACCACCCAGUCAAUUAUCUCUAAUUUAUGUGAUGGCUGCUUGAAUCUAAUAUUAAAUGAAGUGAAAGUGCCACUUGAUUGGAUUUUGUAGCUCAGUAACUGAAUACGAUAGUGACUGAGAUGUUUCUUUAAAGUCCAGCAAUUGUCUUAAAACAACUACUUAACUAAAAAGUAACAAUCUGUACUUUCAUCAUUUGCAAAAAAUUAGACGUGAUGAGAAAUGCUUAUCACAUUUCAUUAUUGAUAAGUGCAUUUUUCUAAAACACAAGUGAAAUUCUAGAAAAGAUUUUUAAAUAUACAAGAAAAAGCUUUUAAAACAAACUUGUCAAUGUCGACGUUAUCAAUUUUUCAGCAUGAACAAUUUUCAACUUGUCAGGAAAUCAAUUAGAGCAAUUAAAAUUAGAAAUUACUGACUAUGGAGUAUGUACAAAAGACAAUAACAAAAAAAUCAGUGUGAAUGUAAUUUUUUCAAAUAUUUUUAUUUGCAGUUUGAUUUUUGUGAGAAAGCCAGUGGAAACAAAUGGAGUACGAGAGAGCUGUUUUAUUCUAGUUAGGUAUUCUGUAGCAGUUGGUAUCCCCAACCUUCCACGUUCCGUAACAGGAUCAAACAUAUGUCGAUAUCCUCUUGCCGUUUAAUGAUUCCUUAAAUACUGUUGAGUUUGGACAGUCUGAAAUAAUAUCGAUGAUUUUUGUGAACUUUACCUCUAAAUAUGUUUAUCUGCACUUAAAUGUAAGAUGAAGUGCCUCGGUGAUAAAGAACAGAAUGAUGAAGUUUCCUUUCAAGUUCGAAAAGUGCAAGUAGUAACAUUCAAUACUAGUUUGUCAGAAUUGUUUGCAGCUAGUAAACAAAAUUAAAACUCUACGCCGUAUAAAGUUGUAUCUAUUCCUUGAUAAACUAUUCAGAUUUCUCACCGCCUGCUUAUAUUCGCUAUAAACGUAAUUUUUAAUCUGUCUGAAGAAACCCGAUAUAAAACAACACAAAAGGAAUAGUAAUCCAUUUGCUUUGGCACUUCAAAUCGUGGCUAGAAAAAUAGUUGAAACGCUUAGCAUAAAUAGUAGUAACCAGGCUCAGCUUCUUUUCAGUCACACAGUGUUUUUUACAGUCUUUCGAGUGAGUUGAGUAACUGUCUAACUGACUGACAGAAACAGUCACCAUUUGGUUCUUUCGUGAAUUACCUCCAUAACCAAAUCUUCUACCCCUAAUCUGAACCAAAGUGAACUACAUCUAAGCUCAAUAAUUGAGGCUACGGUAAGCGGAAACCAAACUGUUACCUGAAAUUGAGAACAGACUGGGUCUGCAUAAAGUAAUAAUGAGUGUAGUAACAUUUCUAACCAAAAGGUUUUCUACAAAUAACAGUGUUCACAUCGACAACGGAAUAUCAAAAAGCAAAAAUCAAGUUGAAAGAAAAAAUAAAUGAGAAAGAUUUCCUCUGGGGAAUCUUACAUCUCAAGCAGG